AUGAUUGGACUUUAAAUAGUGUUUAAAAAAGUUCCAAGAGGCUUUAGUCUAGCUAAUUUUGGCUCAAGUCGAUUGGGCAAGUCUUUCUUUUCUAGAGUUGAAACUUCAAAAGAUUAUUACAAAAUAUUAGGGGUUAGCUAGAAUGCAAAGUCAGCAGAUAUCAAAUCAGCAUUUUUUAAGCUUGCAAAAAAAUACCAUCCAGAUAAAAAUCCUACUGCAGGAGACAAAUUUAGAGAAAUCAACGAAGCAUAUUAAGUAUUAAGUGAUGAAAGUCAAAGAAGUGAGUAUGAUUAAUUGAGAUCUUCAUCUUCUUCAAACAGUGGUUUUGGGUUUUCUUCUUAGGCAAAUAAUUAUUCAUAGAGAAAACCAAACUCAUAGAAUACUACAUACACAGAAACUGAGGAUUUUUUCAACAAAUAUGCCUAAUAAAGUCGUAAUGAAAGAUAAAAUUAAAAUUAGAACUUUUAUUAUUACUGGGAGUCUCAAAAUCCUAGACAAUAAAAUGCUUAAAAUCAAUAUUAACAGUACUACUAAUAGACGAAUUAAUAUCACUAGCAACGUGAAUAAGAAAGAAGAUAAGAAGAGGCUAGAAUGAAUGAAGCUAUGAAAGAUUUCGUUUAAAAUAUGUAUGCUGGAAAGAAUUAAAGAUAUAAUGAAUUUGUUAACUCUUAUGGUAGAGGAAGAGCAUACCAUCCGAAUUAGUAAUAAUAAUAAUAAUAACAAUAAUAGUAUGGGUAUGAUCCUCACGAUUACUACUAAUAUAAUCAAAGGUAAUAGCAAGCUUAAUAAAAUUAGUAAAGGUAGCAAUACUCAAAUCAGGCUAAUUAUUCAAACACCAACAGAUACUAAGAUGCAAACGAUGCUUUUGAUUAAAGGGCAUAGAGGUUUUAUGAAGAGUAAAUGAAAGAAAGAUAUAGGGAAGAAUUAAGAAGACAAAAAGAAUACGAAGAAUGGUAAAAAAAGAAAGAUGAGAUGUUCAUGAAAGAAGUAGAUGACAAAGUUCAAGAAUUUAAAAAGAACGUAUAAGAUGUUGGUAAAAAAGUAGAAGACGUUGCUAAUAAAGCUGAACAUAUUGUCAAAGAUAUUGGUGGUAAAGUUUGGGAUUUCUUUAAGAAGAAAUGA